UUUUGUUCUUGUUGUGAGUUGUGACCUUUUGAUUAAAAUAUCUUUAUAGGAUUUGCAAGUAGUUGAUACAACAUCAUUGCACAAACCUUCCUUCAUGAUCCAUUUGUGUGUAGGGACUUACUUUUGCCAGAUUAGAUUACAUUUCUUCGAUGUUUACUCUGGCCCCACUCUCCCACAUGCACUUCUCUCUCUACCCUCUUUCGCUCUCUCUCUCUUAAACCCCAAUCUCUUGCCUAUUUAUGCCACCCUUUGAACAUUCCCCCUCACAACUCCACUUGAUGAAACCAUUUUUUAAAAAUACUUCUUUCUCUACAGACAACAAAAGGCUAAUCAAGAGACUAGUUGAAGCAUAGAUAUAUGGCCAUGGAAGUGGCUGUGGAGCUUGAGCUUGAUGAUGAUGUCUUCUUUGCAGACAUAAGCAAGCAACUCAAUCUCUUAAUCACAGAUGAAGAUGAACAAAACCCUAUUUCACUUUCCUCUUCUGUCUCUUUCCAGGGUUUGUUCAGAGGAAACUACCAAACAUCAGCAACACCAUAUAUGAUGUACAAUGAGCAGAUCAAUUACAACGCAAGAGAGAGCAAGGGAACAGGAGUGUUCAUCCCAAGAUCUUCUCAGCCAAGGAGGAAACAUAAUCAUCAUCCUCAUCAGAAGAAGCAAGGGAGAUUUGGUUCCUUCAUCCCCAAGCAACAGUUUCCUCAUCAUCAUGUUCAUGACUACAAUCCCACAACUCUCAACAACAACAACCAAGAAAGCAUCACCUUUUAUCAUCCUUCUACUAACCCAAGAAGAACCUACAGAGAUGCAGCAUCUCUUUUCACUUAGUCAAUCAAGAUUCAAAGACAUGGAAUUGUGUCAUUAAUUCAUAAUUAUAUAUAAUUCAUUAUUGAUUUUUUAUAGAUUAUGUUUGUAAAAUCAGCAAAUAAUAAGAAUGAAGAAGAAAUCAUCAAUCUAAAGGGAUUUGGUGUGAUUUAUUCAACAA